GGGUUUUGUCUGCCUGUGUUAGUGUAUGGGGAGUCUGGGCACUCUCAGUGAUCCGUGAUUGGAGACUUGAAGGAAACAAGGAAUUUCAUUCACUGACUCGCUCUCUCUCUCUCUCAUUCACAACGCUCACACACACACACACACACACACACACACACAUCCACAGCUCUCUAACUCAGUGACUCCUGUAAGCCGUAAUAAGCCUGUGUUGCUGUUCCAUCUGCAGCUCAUUACAAGGACAUGAUUCAGACUGUCCCAGACUCAGUGGUUCAUAUCAAGUGAGGAUGUCACCACUCGUUGACUGAAUGGCAAGCACUGUCCCUCACUGUUGACCAUGACGCCGUCCGUCCGGAAAAACCUUCCCUCUGCUCGGCAACAACAGGAAGCGCUCUCUGUCGUCAGUGAGGACCAGUCUCUGUUUGAGUGCGCCUACGGAACGCCACACCUCGCCAAAGCCGAGAUGACCGCCUCCUCGGCCGCCGGUGACUACGGGCAGACCCCGAAGAUCAGCCCCCGAGACCCGCAGCAGGAGUGGCUGCCCCACCCGCCGGCUCGCGUCACCGUCAAGAUGGAGUACAACCCCAACCAGGUCAACGGGUCCAGAAACUCCGCAGAGAACUGCAGCGUGGCGAAGGCAGGCAAGAUGGUGAGUGGCGCGGAGGGCGGGCCCAUGAGCUACAGCAGCUACAUGGAGGAGAAACAUGCACCGCCUCCCAACAUGACCACCAACGAGAGACGUGUCAUCGUACCAGCAGAUCCCACGCUGUGGUCAACUGACCACGUGAGGCAGUGGCUGGAAUGGGCGGUGAAGGAGUACAGCCUGAUCGACGUUGAGGUGUCCCUCUUUCAGAACAUUGACGGGAAGGAGCUCUGUAAAAUGUCCAAGGAGGAUUUUCAACGCCUCACCCCAAGCUACAACGCUGACGUGCUCCUCUCCCAUCUGCACUACCUCAGAGAGACGCCACUUCCUCAUUUGACUUCAGACGAUGUUGACAAAGCCUUACAAAAUUCACCACGCCUGAUGCAUGCCAGAAACACAGGGGGUGCAACGUUCAUCUUCCCGAACCAAUCGGUGUAUCCCGAGCCACCCCAGAGGGUCACGGCGAGACCAGGUAGGAAACUACAAUACGUGCCUUACGACGCAGCCAGACGGGCAGGAUGGGCGAGCCAUCCAGCAACUCAGCCGAAGGGAACUCCCCCUUCAGCCUCCAGUGUGACCAAAGUGGAAGAUCAGCAACGUCACCAAAUAGAUCCUUACCAGAUACUGGGACCAACGAGCAGCCGACUCGCCAACCCAGGUAGCGGCCAGAUCCAACUGUGGCAGUUCCUCCUGGAGCUCCUGUCCGACAGCUCAAACGCCAACUGCAUCACCUGGGAGGGCACCAACGGCGAGUUCAAGAUGACCGAUCCGGACGAGGUGGCUCGACGCUGGGGCGAGAGGAAGAGCAAACCCAACAUGAACUACGACAAGCUGAGUCGGGCCCUGCGCUAUUACUACGACAAGAACAUCAUGACCAAGGUCCACGGCAAGCGCUACGCCUACAAGUUCGACUUCCACGGCAUUGCCCAGGCCCUGCAGCCUCACCCCCCGGAGUCCUCCAUGUACAAGUACCCCAGCGAUCUCUCCUACGUCAGCUCCUACCAUUCCCACCAGCAGAAGAUGAAUUUCGUCAGCGCCCACCCUCCGCCGAUGCCCGUCACCUCCUCCGGUUUCUUCGCCGCUCCCGCCGCCUACUGGAACUCUCCGACCGGAAGCAUCUAUCCCAAUGCACGGCACCCGUCCGCCCACAUGCCCUCGCACCUGGGCACCUACUAUUGAUCGGCGCGCCUUCGGUUUGAAUCCUGUCGGCACGCUGUUCUGGGAAUGGAAAUACUGGAGGAAUUGACUGAGGACUUCAAU